UGCAUUCUGCGGUGUAUUUUCUGCGGAAGUCUGUGGGCAGAAAUGUAACAAAACCAUUAAUGGUAGGGAUACGGGCUAUUUAAAUAUAAAACAGAAGCUUGUUGAUUUUUCUAGGACUUAAAAUUAGUUUCCUCACUUACACAUUUUGUCUGUAUUGACAUUGUUCUACUAUACAGUUUUUUCGAAGGGGACCGUGUUCUUUAUUCUUAAGGUGAAUCAGUGUAUAUUCACAGCAGCUCACAGAGACGAUCACAAGCAAAACAACGCACAAGGAAGAGGAGCUCGGAGAACAGCGUAGUGAGGGACUGAGCAUGUUACACUUGAUGCCCUGGCCUGCGAAGUGAGGAAUCAUGGCCUUGUGUGUUAAAAAUGAAUCUGAUCUGGGCUGCACCCAUACAGGGGAUGUUGCUGCUAUGCAGAAUCCCGGGACUGAGAAGAUGGGAUUGGGAGUUUGCCUGGAGUAUCAUCAAAGAGAGAAAGGGACUGGUCCAGAUUCAGUUUGUUCAUCACAGUACAAUGACUCUCAGUGCACUAAUGGGGUUGAAAUUACAAUCCACCAAAUAAAGUCUGAAUCAAGUGGAGAUAUAGUACUUUCUGAUGAAUUUGUGGAGGAAAAAUCAGACACACAACUAGAAUGGGAUUGUAAAGAGAGAUUAAAAAGAGCUCAUCAAGAGGAGCAGCCCAUUCCUUCAUCUCAGAGGAAUGGAAUUGAUUUGAGCAAUGGAGGACUUUUGACUACAAGGACAGACAGUAACCCUUAUUCAGGUGAACAAACACAUGGUUGCAAGGAAUGUGGAAAGAUAUUUCCCAAUGUAGCUGCCUUAACAAGACACAUGAAAAUGCAUUUGACUGAAAAAAAAUAUAUUUGUGAACAGUGUGGAAAAGGUUUCACCCGUUCAGAGUAUUUGAAGAAACACCUGAGAGUUCACACGGGUGAAAAGCCCCAUGUAUGUUCGGAAUGCGGACAGAGGUUUACUGCAUCAGAUUCUUUAAAAGUGCACAUGAGGUUUCAUUCUGGUGAAAAACCAUAUCAGUGCACCGAAUGUGGAAUGAGGUUUUUUACCCGAGCAACCUACAAGAACCACAUUUUAAACCAUUCUGGAGAAAGACCAAGUGUCUGUGGUCAGUGCGGAAAGGGUUUCAAGGAUGCAAUCUAUUUACGAAGACAUUGUGAAAUUCAUUUAGCUGAAAAACCAUACAGUUGCACUGAAUGUGGAAAGGGUUUUACUUGUUUAUUUCGCUUAACUAGACACAAGAGAGUUCACUCUGGGGAAAAACCGUACAGCUGUACUGAAUGUGGAAGGAGUUUUACUCAGACAGCAAACUUAAAUAUGCAUAUGAGAAUUCAUUCUGGUGAGAAGCCAUAUAGUUGCACAAUGUGUGAGAAAAGUUUCACACAAAGAAGCGGAUUAACAGUACAUAUGAGAACUCAUUCAGAAGAAAAACCAAGCAAGUGUGACCAUUGUGGGAAAAAUUUCAAGUGUACAUAUUACUUAAAAAAACACCUUAAAGUUCAUUCUGGUGAAAAAUCACAAGGCAGGUUAAGUGUUAAAACUGAAUCUGAUUCGGAUUGUGCCAACACAGCAUGUACAACCAUCAUACAGAAUGCAGAUACUGAUGAUGUUUCUCUGAAUGGAAGACGAAUCAAAUCUGAGCAUAUUGAUCCAGGUUAUUUUCAGGUGGCAGAAGAGCCCAAUGCACAGUGUGUCGAUAGUGAGAAAUUUACUGAAGCCAAAUUUAAAUCAAGAGGGCGUCUAGCAAUUUUCAAGCACAUAGAAAAUACAGAUGCAAUGCAGAAUCACAAUAUUGUCAAAGUGGGAUUAGAAGAAUGUCUGACAUCUGAGCAAAUUAAAACUGAAACGAUUGAUCCAAGCUAUCAUCAGUUUGCUGAUUGUGACAGAACAGGUGUGAAGUGUGAACUUAAUGAUGGCUUAACAGAUUUAAUUGAUUUUGCAACUAAUUCUAAGACUGAGGUGUGUAAUGAGGAUGAGGAAGAGACAUUUGAAAGGGAUUUAUUAACUCCAGAUACCAAGCAGUUGUCAUUAUCCAGUAAUGAUCACAAUAAUCGAGAAAGUGAUUGUAUCGACUCAUUUCAAAUAGAACAGCACCAGCAGGAUAAUUCAAAUAUGAAUAAAUAUGGUUGUUUGGAUUGUGGAAAGAGUUUUAAAAGGCCUUAUAGUUUAAAAAUACACAAGAGAGUUCACUCUGGGGAAAAACCAUACAGCUGUACUGAAUGUGGAAAAAGUUUUACUCAGGCAGCAAAUUUAAAGAUACAUAUGAGAAUUCAUUCAGGUGAGAAGCCAUAUAGUUGCACGCUGUGUGAGAAAAGUUUUGCACAAGGAAGUGCAUUAACAGUACAUAUGACAACUCAUUCAGGAGAAAAACCGAGCAAGUGUGACCAUUGUGGGAAACAUUUUAAGUGUAUGCCUUACUUAAAAAGACAUCUUAAAGUUCAUUUUGGUGAAAAAUCACAUGGCAGAUUGUUAAUGACUGAUUAGACUGAAUCUGAUUCGGUUUGUGCAAACACAGCAAAUACAACCAUCAUACAGAAUGCUGAUACUGAUGAAGUCUUUCCGAAUACAAAAUAAAUCAAAAUUGAACAUAUUGAUCCAGAUUAUGUUCAGAUGGCAGAAGACCCCAAUACGCAAUGCGUUGAUAGUGAGAAACUUACCAAAGCAAAAUUUGAAUCAAGAGGACGUCUACCAAUUUUCAAGAACAUGGAAAAUUCAGGUGUAAUGCAGAACCUCAAUAUUGUCAAGGUGGAAUUAGAAGAAUGUCUGGAAUCUGAGCAAAUCUAAACUGAAACAAUUGAUCCAGGCUGUGACCCGAUGAGGCAUCAUGUCAAUUCACAAUUUGGUGAUGGUGACAAAAUAAUGGCUGAAUUUAGUGAGGGCGUAACAGAUUCAAAUUUUUUUGCACCUAAUUCUGUGACUGGGCUGUGUAAGGAGCAUGAAGAAGAGAAGUGUGAAAGGGAUAUAGUGUCUUCAGAUCCACCGAUUUUCAUUUUCCAGAAAUGAUCAAAAUAAUCAAGAAAGUUACUGUGUCGACUCAUUCCAAAUAGAGCAGCACCAGCAGGAUAAUCCAAAUAUGAAUAAGCAUGGUUGUUUGGAUUGUGGAAAGAGUUUUAAAAGCCCUUCUAGCUUAAAAAUGCACA